AUGAUCUUCGAGUGGCUCUCGUGCAUGGAUGGCAUGUAUGUUUCUAGCUUUGGGAGCCGCUCCUCGCAUUCCAUCGAAAUCAUGCGAGUCUGCAAGUUCUGGACGAAUAUUGCGAUGAACACCGUCUCCCUCUGGCAGAAGAUCGAAGUACGCACGAGGGGGAACUGGCUCGCUAUCGCACUCCCACGUUCGAAGGGUAUGCCUCUCGACGUCAUCGUGCAUGAUGCCGACCGUAUCUUAUCCUCGACGGCACCCCUCUUGGUCGGGGAAGCCCCUCGGCUACGCUCGCUCAAGGUUCUCGAUGCGCACAAAGACAAGCCUGUCGAUGUACUCGAAAACGCCAUCCUUGCCGUGGACCGACUGCCUUGCUUGGAGACACUCGUCGUAGAAUACCUCGGCAAUGGGCUGGCGCCGCUCAAAUUAUACAGCUUCAGCAAAAAUGACAGAUUCCCGGCUCUUCAUUUUCUUGAUCUCAACUCCUUGUUCCUACCUUGGACCUCCUCGAUAUUCCGACAGCUCCGCUAUCUGCGAAUACACGAGGCCUGUGUCCUGGAUUCGGACGAAGUACCCCUCUCCGUCUUUCUGGACAUGCUGCGAACGUGUCAGUGUCUAGAGAUACUCGACUUCCCCUGCGUGUCGUUCAUCGACUAUAGCGGGCACGAGCACAACAGAGCGGGCUGUGCCGUCUUCCUGCCCCGGAUACGCUCAUUCCACUGGGAAUGGCCAGAUCUUUGGGCGAUAGAAUCACCCACCCAUGUCUACCACGUGCUCGAGCACCUCCAGUUCCCUCCCUCAGCCGACAUCCACUUGGACCUUGCGGUCUUUCUAGACGGCGACGGCUCCGAGCUCCCCAGAAGCAAGUGA